GCCAUGUGCUCCGCAACGAUAUUACGUAAUAGGAAUUCUUUCUCCAUCAAACAGUGAAGCCAGAGCAUUAAAACGUGAUCAGUCGAGAUGUAAACAACCGUCCUCUUAGAUCUAACUCAAUCAUCCGUUUUACAUCAAAAGAAAAAGCCUCUUAGUCCUCAUGGCCGACUCAGAACCAUUGAAACGGAAACGCGCCCGAAUAGCCUGUGAACCCUGUCGUGACCGCAAAAGAAAAUGCGAUGGCGGUCAACCAUGUGAUUCUUGUCUUCGAUUCCAAUACGUGUGCCAGUAUAACAGUUACUCUGGAUCAAACAAGAAAGCUAGACAUGAUAACGAAAACUCGCCCCUUCCAGCUCUAGCGCAACCGGAAUAUUUGCCUCCUCCUUCAUUAGAAGCAAAUUCUGGUGCAACUUUUGCGAGACAAUUAGCGAUGAAAAUUGAUCCCAACAAUGCGCCAAGAUUGCAUUUAUUCUCUUGGAAUAUUGGGGACAGGUCCCGUACGGCUGGUUCCGACAGACCUUUGACAUUGUCCAUUGAAGACGUAUUGAAAUUUGACAUCGUGGAUGAAUUAUCUUCUUUCUAUUUUGAAAAGGUCGACAUCUGCUACAAUUUCAUCGAUCGAUCGAGAUUUUUUCAGCGAUGGAGAGUACGACAACUUGUCAUGAAUGAUAAGAAGGCAUUUGAUGCGAUUCUAUUUGGAGUAACAGCACUUGGUAGUCUCUUUUCUAAUCGAGUCGCACCUUUGUUAGAAUUGCAGCUUGUUGAGUCUGCGCGGUCAAUACUUGAUGAAUAUUCCGGAGAUACACCGACUACAGAGAUAAUUACGGGGCAACUUCUAAGAGUUGUUUAUUUGAGAAUUACGGCAUCACCACAUGUCACGUGGAUGUCUAGUUGUACUUUGAUGCAUAUGAUUGAAGCGGCAGGUCUCCAUCUACCACCAAUCACGGAUGAUCCUUCAGCACAAACAGCAGUAGAUUCUAAUUCAGAGCUACGAUGGAGGUUAGUAGGCGUAGCACAGCAUUUGAAUACAUGGAUAUCCUUCGAUCUUGGCCGAUCUAGGGUAGUGCUCCAAGGAGGUGUCCCGUCAGUUCUCCAAUAUAUAAAACACCAAGACUCAACGAAAGAGCUUCUGAGCCUUUUGCCUAUGUCCGAAGCCUUGGAUCCGAGUAAUCAACAGAAUGCGUCAAACCUUGAGUCUACGUUUCUACAAGUUCUAGAGAGCAGUCAUAUACAACCACCUUCAGUAAUGGCCCAGUGCAAUCUCAUGCUCUGCAUCUACCGUCGUCUUCGAGCUCUAAAUUGGGCCAUUUCACCGGAGCUUCUGGAUAGAGCACUAGCCUUGAUGAGUAAGGGAUUACGAUGUGCAAGAGACAUGUACCUGACAAAUUGUCCUUGGCACCACAUGGCAAAUGUACCAUUUCAAAUUAUUUGCACACUCCUCGCCAUCGACAACCGAAGUUCAUUAUCAAGACUUGGAGAUGCGAUUAAAACUCUUGGCGACGUGGCAGCUGCAUACGACACGAGUGUCAUGAGGGAAGCAUACAAAACUGCCAGAUUACUAGUUUUACUCUAUCAAAAACGGAAAGAGGAUGAUGCGAAGACGCUGAAAGAAAUAUUUCAGGCUGAUCCUUUGCUUUCUGUUGAUCCCAUAACGAAUAGAACCAAUGGCGAAGGACGUCAUGAUAUAAUUUAUAAUGAUCCCUGGCUUGAAUCACUAAUCGCGGAUAUACCUGGACUAGAGGAUAUCGAAGCACAAUUUUCAAUGCCAAACACGCCGUGGUCAUUCUAAGGAUCGAAUGUUUGAGGCAGGACCGCGGACAUCUGGGGGCAGGAUCGCGAGGUACCUUUCACCAUGAACGUCGAACGCAACGCAGAAAUCAAGAAGCAACAACAUAUAUAGUAUCAUCAAUAAAGUAAAGACCGUCAGAGCAUUUCAAGCAGCUAAUUUUCAUUCUUCAACCUCUUCACAGAAUACAUUGUAUACAUCAAUUUGUCCUAAACUGGCAUACGAGACUUCGCCCCCGAAGACCGUAAUUUGAUAUUUCACUAUCAGCCUCAUCCCGAUCAACCACUUUGCUGCCAACCACAAAUCUCUCUUCCAGCUUGUCAUUUUCCACUGUUCCAUUCGAUAUGACGCAAUCAAUUCCUUGUAUAACUGUGAAUAUUUCAUGAAGUAAUGCCAUUAUUGUACACCUCAUCGGAGUUCAUGAGUUCAGGAG